AUGCCCUCUCUCCGGCGGCCGCCUUCUGCGCCGCGGCGCCCGAGGGCUGUGGGGCGGCGCCCGCGGCGACUGGGCGCCGGCAGCGCCGGGCCGGCCCAUGGCGCGGACCUCCGCGCGGCCUUCGUCGGGCGCUGCUGCGAGAAGGGGCGCCGGGGCCAGCAGCGUCGCUGCGCUCAUGAAGGAGAGAGCGGCAGCGCGAGCCGGUGGGAGGAGGCACUCGAGCUGUUCCGGGGCGCGGCGGGCCAGCGUGUGGAGGUGGGCGCCGCGCUGCACACCGCGGCCCUGGGCGCGUGCGGCAGGGGCAGGCAGUGGCAGCGGGCACUGUCGCUGCUCAGGCAGAUGGCGGAGGCCAAGCUGGAGACCAAUGUCAUCAGCUGCAACGCUGGAAUGAGCGCCUGCGAGAAGGGCAGGCAGUGGCAGCAGGCGCUGUUGCUACUCAGCGAGAUGCGGGAGGCGCGGCUGAUGCCAAGCGUCGUCAGCUACAGCUCCGGGGUCAGCGCGUGCGAGAAGGGGGGGCAGUGGGAGCGGGCGCUGUCUCUGCUUGUCGAGCUGCGGGGGGCUGCACUGGAGAUGGACGUCAUCAUCUACAGCGCUGGGAUCAGCGCCUGCGAGAAGAGCGGGCACUGGCAGCAGGCUCUAUCUCUUCUCAGCGAGGUGCUGGAGGCCAAGUUGGAGGCCAACGUCAUCAGCUACAGUGCCGGAAUCAGCGCCUGCGAGAAGGGCGCGCAGUGGGAACACGCGCUGUCCUUACUCAGAAGGGUACGGGGGGCAAAGUUGGAGCUGGACGUCGUCAGCUACAGCGCUGGAAUCAGCGCCUGCGAGAAGGGGGCACAGUGGCAGCAUGCUCUACUGCUGCUCGAUGAGUUGAAAGAGGGGAAUUUGGAGCUGGACGUCGUCAGCUGCAGCGCUGGUAUCAGCGCGUGCGAAAUAGCUGGACAGUGGCAGCAGGCGCUGGCGCUGCUCAGCAUGCUGCCAGAGGCAAAGCUGAAACCCAGCGUCGUAAGUUACAGCGCUGGUAUCAGCGCGUGCGGGAAGUGCGCGCAGUGGGAGCAGGCGCUCUCGUUGCUUCGUGAGCUGAGGGAGGUGAUGUUAGAGCCCAAUAUUAUCUACGCUACAACGCUGGAAUCAGCGCGUGCGAAAAAGGUGCGCGGUGGGAGCACGCGCUGUCAUUGGUCAGCGAGCUGCGCGAGGCGAUGUUAG